ACAACCACAAUUAUCUUUUCAUACAUUUAAAUAAAAAGCACCGCCACAACCUCUGUAUCUUCUUCUUCUCCAUCCAUCGCCUAAUUUCUUUAUAAACGUCCUUUUGGUUUCACGUUCCUCUUUUUCUUCCUUCUCUUCUUCCUCGUUUCUGUCAAUGGCGAUCAAACACAAUCGAUGAGAAAUUGCUGUUAAUAGAGAAUAGAGAUAGAGACACCGGGACACGUGUCGUAACCGAAAAGUAGUGGAAGAGCAUUAAGUAUAGCCCAAUAAACGAGCUCUGAGCUGCUUCAUAUCUGCAACAGAGAGAGAGAGCAAUAAAUCUGUUCUCGAUUUGACCCACAACUCCACAUUCAAGACACAAAGAUCCAAGAACCCUCCCACAUGGCCUUAUAAUUCAUACAACAUCUUCCUUUUGUUAAACGAUCGCUCUCUCUCUCUCUCUCUUAUUAUAAAGAAGAAGGAACUUUCUUUGUUGUCUGUCACUGAAGAAGAAGAAAGAUGAAGGAAUCAAGAUUUGUCUUCAUUUUGGCUGUCAUGAUACUCUGUGACUCACUCGUUUCUUCUGAGAUGGAGUUGGGUUUGGAGGAUUACAAUAUUCGGGUGGAUCCAACUCCGACCACAAAACACUCGGUUAGAGGAGGUCCUAUUGAGCAUGGAAGCCCUCUCAAUCCUUAUAUUCCCAAGCUUCCUCCUCCUCCUCCUCCCCAACCUCUAGACGGUCAUUGAAUGCCUGAUCUUCCCAAGCUUUCUUUUAUAAUGUUUAUUUCCGUGAUCUACGUGUGAUGCUUCUUCUUUUUUUUUGGUUUGGUUUUAGUUUCUCUGCUUCAGACAAUAACUCGUUGUAAUAACUUUAAUAUUUUCAGAGUCGUUAUGAACAAUAUUUAAAAAUGUUGGCCUGAUUAUCAUUCGUGGGCCCAACUAAGACUUAUUUAUAUUAUUAAUGGGCCUGUAUUUUGCAUGGUCUUUUAGGU